AUGAGACUGCGAAUCAGUAGGGUAUGGAAGCAGAUCGUGCGCAAGCUGGGUCGCUGGAAGCGACACGCCAAGAGCAUGACGAGCAGCUGCCGGGCUCCCAAAGUCACCGACGGCUUCUCCGACUUGGUCGUCAACGGCGUCGCCAACCUUCCGCCGUCAAAGGCUCGCAGCGCUGAUAAUCUCGGCCGUCAUCUCUCCAGAUCCGGAACACCUGAUGGUCGGACGCUACGCGCGCUGGCAUGUCAGCCGGAAAAGGGCGGCCGGCUUCACAUCGAGGGCGAUGGCGAGGGGGAGGGGGAAAUGGACGAGGAGUGGAUGCAGGAGAUGCUUCGCCUAGCUGGCGAUCAAUCUAAGGUGCGCUGGAAAGACGGCGGGACGAUUCAGCGCUACGGGAGUGCAGUAGACAUGCGGCAGAUAGAUGGUGACUACGCCGCGCCAACUCUCCGCAAAUCGCGGCGGAGCAACACCGUAACGUCGGUACCGCAAUUCGAGGUGCUCCCCUGCCAGACAGACGAGGUGCUUCGCGGCGGCUCUGGCGCAGUCCGUGACGGCGACGCUUCAGAUCGUGCGACCUCGGAGGACGUGGCGGUCUGUCAUCGCUUUUCAAACAUCGACCUUCGCCUGGAAAUGUGGAACCUCGCUACUGGAAGCUCCGCUACGAAGUACCAGCGAAGCUCCCCUCUCGGCGCGCGCCCGUCGCGCUCGCGGAGCUCUCCGAUCAUCGCGACGCCGGAGGAAGCAGCUUCAUCCCUUGUGGUACCCGAGAAUGACACGAGUAUUUCUCAUGUUGGAUUUUCCGCCGCUGCUGAAACGCCUGGCGAUGCUCUUGCGUCGGCUGCAUCGGCGGCGGUCGCUGCUCCGAGCAGCUGUCACGCCCGACCGGCGCAGCUAGAAGUGGCGCACGGAGGUGCUGUUCCCAUGAUCGACGGCCGACAAGGCCUCACCGACGGUCGGCCAGCACUGAUCGACGGCCAUCCUGCGCUGAUCAACGGCCACGAGCCAACGAUCGGUUUCCAUCGGGAUUGGCGGGCAGGCGGUGCUGCAGGAGGAGGGGGGGAUGUGCUAGGAGGAGUUUUGAAGCAGUCUCUGCGAUGGCUGGCUUUGUUAGACUCGUUAAAGGUGGCCAACUGGGUGAUGGCGGGAAUCGACGGCGUCAUCUGGAUCAUCGCGCUUGUUCAGCUAAUUCGCAUCUGCCGCCAUGUGCAGAAUGGCAAGUGGACCCGUCAAAAGGUCUUCCAUACCAUGGUCUUUGCAGCCAACCUCGGCUACUGCAUCUAUUUCGUUGUCAACCCCUUCGCCUCCUGCUCCCAAUGGCUCUGCUGGUCCCACGCCUGCAGCUUCAUUGCUCUCGCCAUACCGCAGAUCAUCUUCCUUGCAACCUUCCUGCUGCUCCUCUCCUUCUGUCUCAGCAAUGUGUGGCUAAACACGUUCUCUCACUGCAUGCUUCCACCACCACCACUUUCGUUGCUGCACACUCCCAUCACCGCCACCAGGAUCGACCUGUGCCACCAGGCAUCAGACAGCACAGAUGAGGACGAGGAGGAGGAUGAGGAGGAGGAAGAGGAUUUGGAAGCAGCAGCAGGGAGCAGCAGAGCUGCCGCUGCUGCUGCAGGCAGGGGAGGUCUGGGUGUAGGCAAUGGUGCUUAUGCGUUUAAUGGUAUGGGCAUGGGAGUGGGAGUGGGAGUGGGCACGGGUAGGAGCGGCUUGGUGAGGCAUAAGUCAAGUCCCAUCCCACCCAUGCCGCCCGCAGCAGGGCAGCACAGCAGCUCGACUUACUCGCAGCAGGACCCCCGACAGCAGCAGGACCCCCGACAGCAGCAGGACCCCCGACAGCAGCAGCAGCAGCAGCAGCAGCAGCAGCAGAGUGUUGCGAGCAGCGCUCCACCAGCACAUGCUGCAAGCAGCCUCGCAGCCGCAAAAGCCGCUAGUAGAACGCCUGGUGACUCUGUUUCCUCUGCCUCCACUACUGCCGCCAGCAGCGCCGCUGCCUCUCGCCUCAACUCCGCCCUCACCUCUCCUCUUGCCUCCUCCCGCUCCCUCUCCCCGGAUCAAUCCGAAGGCAGCAGCAGCAUCAGCGGCACCCCUCCCUCCUCCCACUCUGCCCACUACCUUGCGACCGCAGCCAGGCAUGCGCAGGCACCAAGUGGGAGGGGAAUAGCAGUGGGGAAGGGUGUGGAGGGGCACGGUGCGUCCCUGCAGCAACCGCUGCUGGAUGCAGCUGCAGGGGUGAUGGGUGGCGUGGGGAGGCAGGGCGCAGGGGGUGGAGGAGGAGGGGGAGGAGGAGGAGGGAGAGGGGGAGUAGGAGGAGGAGGAGGUGGGGGGAGAGGAGGGGUUGGAAGCAGUGCGGCGAGUGAUGGGGCGAGGACCCCUCGGUUCCGCUGGCAGAAGCUGAGAGUGAAGGGCAGGCAGCGAAUCGUGCUCGCUAUGCAUGCGGACUUCUUUGCAGUCGCCACUCUCUUAUCGGGAGGCGGCCUCGCCUUCUACGGGCUGCUGCUCUUCUCCAAGAUGUCCGUGCUCAGAGCAGGUCCCAGCGCUGCUGACCUCAGCAAGCCCAGCGCUGCUGACCUCAGCAAGGUGCGUGUGCCAACCUCAGAAAGGUGUAUGCUGGCAUCGUCAAGGUGCGGCUGGCAUCAUCAAGGUGCUGCUGACAUCAUCAAGGUCCUGCUGACCUUGGCGUUGGUGAAAUUCGAGUGCGUGUACGACGCUGUGCAAAUGCUGCGCGGUGCGGAGCGGUGUAUCCCCUCCACUCUUCUACCUUCCCGUCACACCAUUCUCUCCCCUCGUGUCCCCGCCUCUCACAUCAAGCAAAUCCUUCCCCUUCCCUCCCCAAACGAGGCAGCCCCCUCAGCAAUGGCGCUCUUCAUUCUCAACGGCCUUCCUGUCACACCAUACCCUCCCCUCGUGCACAUGCCCAUCAAACAAUUCAUUCCCCCCCCCAACCUCUCCCCUCCCCAAACGAGGCAGCCCCCUCAGCAAUGGCGCUCUUCAUUCUCAACAACCUUCGAGUCACACCAUUCCCUCCCCUCUUCCUUCUUCUCUGCACCUGUCUUUCACAUCACAAUAUUCUCGCCUGUUUCACUUCUCCCGCUCCUCCCCUCUUCUUCUUCUCGCCUGUUUCACUUCCCUUUUUCCUCGUCAGGCGAGGCAGUCUUCUCAGCAAUGGUUCUCUCCAUUCUCAACGACCUUCCCCUCACACCAUUCCCUCCCCUCGUUUGCCUGCCCCCAAUCUCAUUCCCUCAGGCCUCUAUCCUCUUCCGUCCCCUGCCAGGCGAGACAGUCCCAUCAGCUAUGGUCCUCUUCAUUCGCAACAACCUUCCUUCCAAGUCCCGCCUCUCCUCCCCUCUUGUCCGUGCCACUCACAUCGCACUAUCCCUUCCUCUCUCCCUUCCCCUCCCAGGCGAGGCAGUCCCAUCAGCCAUGGUGCUCUUCAUUCUCAAGGACCUUCCCAUCACACCAUCCUCCCCCCCCCCCCCCCCCCUCUUGUACAUGUCCCUUCAUAAACCUCCCCACCCUUCCAUUUCAGGCGAGGCAGUCCCAUCAGCCAUGGUGCUCUUCAUUCUCAAGGACCUCCCUCCCAAGUCCCGCCUCGCCUUGCCUCCCCUCUUGUCCUUGCCACUCACAUCACUCAAUCCCCCCUCUCCCCUCCCCUCGCAGGUGAGACAGUCCCAUCAGCCAUGGUGCUCUUCAUCCUCAAGGACCUCCCUCCCAAAUGCAGGGGUAACUCUGGCUGGAGCGAGUGGGGUGGGGGGAGGGGCGGUUGGGGGUGUAGGGGGGAGGGGGGAGGGGGCUCCUGUGGGAGGAGGACGAGGAGAAGGGAGAGGAGAAGGAGCAGGAGCAUUGGGAGGAGCGGGAGGAACGGGGGACGGUACAGAGAGUGCAGCUCGAGAGAGAAGCAAGGCAAAGAAACCGUCCCGGCUUCGCAUGGCCAGCUAA